AUGAGCGAUGCGCAAGAGAACGCGUCGGACAUUUGCGUGCUCGAUGUAAUAAAAUCCCAUUUUGAAUCGAAGAAAUUUGAACAUGUGCUUAAAUUAACAAAGAAGAUUUACUCCAAUGAGGAGUAUGAUGAGUACGCGCUGAGGGCUAGGUACUACUGCCUGAUUGAGAAGGGGGAGUUCACCAAGCUGGUGCACGAAAUUAUGCACACGCUGGUGGGAAGUGAUGGAGCGAAGAAAGCUACACAAGGUGGUAAAGGUGCGUCUGCGAUUGGUAACAGAAAUAGAAGUACAUUUAAGGACCUCUUCCAAAAAAACUAUGAAUGCAUUAAGAGGAAAAAUGUUCUAUUCGAGCUCUUCUAUUGUAUGUACAAAUUAAAGAAGCUAAAAAAACUCAACGGCUGUUUGAAGUACGUGGCUGAGAAGGAAAAGACGUUGCCCCAAUUUAUUGAAGUACUUUUGGCAGAGGUAAAUUUCAGACUACACCAUUUCGAAGCGUCCAUUGGUUGGUACGAAAAUUUGCUGGAGUGUCAAAAUGCCAAGCAGGCAGUGGCGGCCUCCAUUAAUGUAAACAGCGGCUACUUCUCCCUGUACCUCAAACUAUUAUAUGAGUAUAAUUUUUUGCGCAGUGUUAACUCGAGGGUCAGUUCUGAUAAAGCGAAACAGAAAGACAUUGAAGAGGUGAAAAAUCAAAUUGUAACCAACACGGAUGGUUUCAAAUACGAUGAAGAAAGGGAUAGCUUUGAGCAAAUAUUUAAUUAUGCUACUUUUUUUAUAAUUGAAAAAAAUUACACGGAAGCGAUAAAAUUUCUUGACUUGGCAGAUGCCAUAUGUAGGAGUACCUUUGUUGGGGGAAGCGGCUCUAAUUCUGUGAUCGCUGAUGGGGCGGAGGACCUGGACCAUGAAAAGGGCGACGACAUGGAUGACCAGGGGGAUGAUGAGGGGGGUAAACUAGGAAGCCACAUAGAUCAGGGGAAAAAACGUUUAAGUGAUAACAGGCCCAGAGUUUCCUUCUCUGGGGAGGACAUACUAACGAACAAACGGACGCUCGUUCAGUUACAGAGGGCUUAUGUCUACUCCAAAUCGAAUCGCCUCAAGGACGCCAUCGAAAUAUAUGAAAGUGUCUUAGAGAGCUACGUGGAAAAUGGGCAAAGGGGGGACGCUGCACAUAUUGAUAACGUUAUCCCUCUGGUGGCGUACAAUAACUACCUUGCCCUGAGGCAUAAUUGUGAAAGUCCAAGUGUUCGCCAUGUGAAGCCCAAGGGGAAGAGCGCCCCCGGGUCGGGACAUCCCCCAUCAGGACAAACACCCCCUGCACACGCGCCAUCCGCACAUGCAACAUCCGGAUCGCCUCUCAACUUCACCCUCACCCAGGACAAAUUGAACAAAAUCAAAAAUGACCUACGAAUGAGUAAAAGUAGUUCUCACAACCACGUAAGCCAAUUUAUGCAAUCCAUAGCUCUCUUCAACGAGUGCGUGUACAGUCUGGGGAAUGACCAGAAGGACGAAUUCAAAUCAAAGUUGAAAAGUUUUACUACACGUUUUGGAAAUUCGAUACUCCUAGAUAAAUUAAUAGCUCUCUUUUUAAAAAGCGAAAUGGCACACGUCAAAUGUAAGCACCACCUGCUGAAAAAUAUUCAUCUGAUGUACUCCUAUCAAAACAAAAUAAAAUUUCUCAACGCAUACUUAUCCUUAUGUUAUGAAAAAAAAAGUUUUACAGAAAUAGUCAAAAUGUAUAGGAAAUAUGAAUAUGUGUUUAAGAUGGAUGCCCAUCAUUAUCGCACCUUUUUUUCGAAUUUAUUUUAUGUUUAUAUAUGUGCUCGUUAUGGAGAGGAGUCCCUUCCCGUGGUGGGGAAGAAUAAUGCCUCCGUAAACAGCACUCCUAUCAAGGGUGCCGACGGUCUCGUCGCACCGCACAAUCUCAACCUCGUCAUCGACCUCUUCAACAAAUACAAGCAAGCUAUUAAAACGGAUAUAAAAAUUGUUAAUUACCAGACGGUCUUUCUAGUUAGCAAAUAUUUAUUACAGCAUGGCAAGGAACAAUUGCUCAUGGAUCUGUUUGAUCAUUUGUCCAAGCACGUAAAAAAUGACUUCAACUUUUUUUCUUGCUUCACUUAUAUAUAUACCUAUAUUAAUAUGGAACAUACACGUAAAUACGAAGAUAAAUUGAAGAAGGCUGUCCUAACCGAGACCUAUCUUAUUGAUGUAGAAGAUUUGGAGAAUAAAAAUUUCUCUCUGGGAUUUUCCUCCUCCAUGGCUACUACUACUAUCCCUGCUGGUGGAAACGUCCAUACCGCUUCCCCUUCAACAAUGCCCAUAGAUAAGAAUAAAAAAAAACGAAAGAGAUCGAAGAAGACAAAGAAUAAAAAGGAUGGGGUGGGUAACCACGCUGGUUACGACCCAGAAAAGUGGCUUCCGAAACAUGAGAAGAGCGGAUUCAAGAAGUCCAAGAAGAAGAAACAGAAAACAGCCGAGGCCGCGCCCAAACAGAAGGUUAUUGUCCUGGAGCAACCCAAGAACAACCCAGACGGCUCCUCAAAGCUGCAAGGGUUGAAGAAGCGCCGCAAAAAGUGA